GUCUUGUAUGAGUAAAAGGCUGCUGCGGAAUCAGCGGUAGCCUCCCAGCAGAGCUCCUCGUGCCGCCAUGGAGCAGCAUCCUCUGGUGAGCCGGCGGAGGACGGCUCAGUAGGGUGACACUUGCGUUUUUCAUUAAGGAGCGUCUUGUUUACCAGAACCAUUCGAUCCACAUGAAAGAGGAGGAUAUCUAUUGGCGUGUGACAAGCGGCAACAUCUGCAGCUCAUCGCAAUAAAAGGUGAGAAGGAUGAGCACUGCUAGUCCCUAGUCCUUCACUGACUGGCGACAUGCUCUAAAGCCAACCCAUCAGCAACCAUGAAAGGGUUAGGAUCCAACCGCAGUCGACAUCUCUCCGACUCAUGUGAACCAGCAGGGUGCCCGCAGAAAGCGCUCUUCCCUUUGACCUCUGACCCUCACUGCUCCUUCAUGUUGAGCCCAACCAUAAACCACUAUGGUACCCUGGACCCUCACCUCCAACAGUAUCCCGCCACCAGCCCCACUACCUUGACUCCAGACUGCAUGGUGCCUUUCAACCAGUUAUCCAAUAGCAGCACCUUCCCUCGUCUCCACUUCACCCCGCAGACGGAACAGUCGGACUUUCCCCAGGGUUGUAUGUCAGGCAGUGCGGGAGCAGCACAGGGGAACAGAGCAAGUGCACUGUCCACCUCUUUGUCAAUGGGUAUGGGCUUAGGCUUGGGUCUCACCGGUGCUCCUAUGAUCACAAGCGGAUCAGCCACCAUCUCCUCGGCAGCAGCAGCCAAGAUGAAUCGUUUACCAUCCAACAUCUUGGAUCAACUAGAAAGGCAUCUGCCCCUGCAACGGGACGGCUUCAGCACUUUGCAGUUUCACAGAGGACGUAUGUCAAAGCAACGCAGCGAAAGUCCAGGACGGAUACGCCACCUGAUGCAUUCUGUACAGAAGCUCUUUGCCAAAUCUCAAUCCCUGGAAAACUCUUCAGUGAAAGGAAACGCAAUCACCGGAGCCAGCAGUGACGGUGGCAGACCGACCCAAAGGAGUAAGAGUAAAGAUAGGGCUAAGACUGAAGGACCAAAGCAGAGAUCAAGACCUAACCCGUUAGGCCUGUGGAACUCAGACAACGCUCUUGACAGUGAUGCUACCAAAGCUGGCACAAUUGCUGUUGGUUACCGUAACCCGUUGUGCAUGAUGACACUCGGAAGAGCAAUAUCAGACAGCCAAGCCCAACCUAGGCAUAUCCCACACGGUUACAACACCAUUUCUGCACAUUCUCUCAAAUCUUCAAAAAGCAGCAGUGACCUCAAGCUCCUGGGAUGUCCAGUAUCACAGGUUGGAUCCAAAGAUGAGGAGGGAAGAGCUCGGAGCAAGGAUGAUACAUUGGUAAAAAGGGGAUCCUGGUCUAAUCUCACACUGAGUCAGGCCAGGCAAGUGUUACAGAAAGGCUCUGCUACAGUGAACAGGACCCUUUUGAAAACCAAGUCAUGCCACCAGGAUUUGGCUAACCAAUUCCUUCAGGUAGGCGUACCAGUUCCACAGGGGGACUGCGCUGGCACUUUAGGGCCAGGCCGAGCCAAAGGAACAGAAAUCCCAUGUCGAAGGAUGCGCAGUGGCAGCUAUGUGAAAGCAAUGGGAGACAUUGAGGACAGCGAUGAUUCAGAGGGUAGCCCCAAACCAUCCCCCAAAUCUGCAGCCCGUCGUCAAAGCUAUCUGAAGGCCACUCAGCAGUCCUUCAGUGAACAGCAGCCGCCUCCAACUGCACGCAAGCCUCGUUUCUACGCUCUCAUGCGGGAGGAUUUUCUAUGGUCUCCACUACAGAGUGCAUGCUCUAUGCAGCAUCUGAGCUCUCUGCCUUCCCUUAAAGAGCUGUCCACCAAUCGGAGUCUUGACAACUUAGACUGCCUGGUGAGCCCACUGGAAACGCCACCAGGUCACGGACACAAAACUUUCAGCCUUUGUCCGGGUACCUUAACCAGGGGGUUUGCCGCUCAGGCAUGUGGGCGUGACUUUGGCCACUCUGUUCCGCACUGUGAGGGGGAAUCCCAGUCAGUGGAAGCCUUGGACCUUCCUGCGCCAACCUGCUUUAGGUCACGUAGCCACAGCUACCUGAGGGCCAUCCAGGCUGGUUGCUCACAGGAUGAAGAUACAGCCUCGGUGGACUCCGACUCACCCCCACCCACCGCCAAAAGCUACAACUCAAAUACCAUCAACAAUAGGAAGGCCCCACCUCCAGUCCCACCCCGCACCACCUCCAAACCUCUCAUCUCAGUGACACUUCAGAGCAGCACAGAGUCCGCCCAAGACACGUACCUUGACCAACAAGACCACGGAAGUGAAGCAAACAGCCAAUCGGGACAUAGCAAUUCCUCUGAAAGUCUCUGUAGCAUCCGCAACAGCGGUCUGGCCAAGAGGAGGCAGGCUCCCACUGCUUCCCCUGCUGCUAUUCCUGCCGCUGCUGCAGCCUCUGUGCCCCCUGUUCCAGCCCCUCGUGAGCUUCCACCCACUACCUCUUCCACCACUUCAACAUCUGCUCAGCCUCAAAAUGACACCCUGAACACUGGCCUCACUUUGGAGCAGCCUCCCAUUGUACCCAAACGAAAGCUAUCUUCUAUUGGAAUUCAGGUGGAUUGCCUUCAGCCUGUUACAAGAGAAGAACCAUUGCCCUUGGCUGCGCCUCUAAAAUUCCAGUCCAUUGGAGUUCAAGUGGAGAACGGCAGGCCUCUUAGCCGAGACAGCAGCAUGGCCUCCAGACAAAACACUGAGACCGAGCCUCAGGAACAACUCGAAGCCCCGCUCUCGGAAAGCAGCAAAGCCAACGGCACCAGUCCUAAUGCCACAAAUUUUAACGAAUCCAACACUAAGGACAAAGUCUUGGAACAACUUUCUCAUAAACAAACGUCACCUCCAUCCAGAACGUCCUCCUCGGCCCUACAGUCCCUGGACCCGGCUUUAGAUCCGUCAUCACUGCCCCCACCAGAUCCAAGCCUGGGGACCGGAAACUGCAACGCACAAGGAGACGCGGCACAGGCCAGCACGCCAGCUUGCCUCCGAGAUGGUAACUGGUUCCUGAAGCUGCUGCAGGCGGAAACCGGCCGCAUGGAGGGUUGGUGUCAACAGAUGGAACAGGAGACCAAAGACAACAAGCUGUCAGAGGAAGUGUUGGGUACGAUCCGGAGCGCAGUCGGCAGUGCCCAGCUCCUCAUAUCACAAAAGUUUGAGCAGUUCAGGGGGCUCUGUAAUGAAAACCUGAACGUGAAUGCCAAUCCACGGCCAACAGCCCAGGACCUUGCAGGCUUCUGGGAUCUUCUACAACUCUCAAUAGAAGACAUCAGCAUGAAGUUUGACGAGCUUUACCAAUUGAAAACUAACAACUGGCAACUUCCUGAGAAAUCAAAUAAGGUCGAAAACAAGCAACUUCCAUCCUCUGUGCCAAAGAAGCAAUCUAAACCCAGGCUUUCAGCUGGGAAGGACAGAAGUGUGGACUCUGCUGUGGACAAACAGAGACAAGAAGCCCGAAAACGGUUGAUGGCAGCGAAGCGCGCGGCGUCUGUGCGACAGAACUCUGCCACAGAGAGCGCCGACAGCAUAGAAAUUUAUGUCCCGGAGGCACAGACCCGCCUCUGAGUGUGUCAUCAUCUGCGCAUCAUCCACUCACUCAGUGACUCAAACAUCAACAUGAUGAUCUAAACAUUGCAGUCCUGUCUUGCAAAAUGGGACGGAAAACAACCAUGCAAGAUUUAUAAUACCAUUAGUAUGGACAUUUAUUAUAAUUAUUAAAUAAAAUCACUCUAUUCCGAAGUAUAUCAAGACUGUCUGAAACGUGCAAGCACCCUUUUUGACAAAAAUACUGCAAGGAAUAUUUGUAUGUGCGGGAAUCUACCCUCUCAAUUCUCGGGAGGAAACAGACAAGUCGUGUCUACCUGGUUUACGAUGUGAGCUACCAUCCCCACAUACACUCAGGAUACACGUGCAGGUGUACUCACUGUCCCUAGAGUCUUCCUGUUCUCUUUAUAUAUGGCUGCCACUCUUUGGCUCUACUAUUUACCAUGUAAAACUUAUGGGAUGGUUUGAAAUGAAGAGAACCAGAGGAAGGCGGUAGCAUAUAUAUACUAGUAUAUAUAUUAUAAAUAACACACUAUUACGAUCAUUUUGUAAAUGUUGUAUACAAGAUUAUUAGAAAGCUGCGUGUUCAGUACCAAGGUAGGUUUUUUUUGUUUUGUUUUGAAAAUAGAUCUUAUACAUGUACUGUCAGGAUAUAUUAGCACUCGAUGCAAUCAUUUUGACGUCACCCCUCCACUUUUUCUCACAAACGCACACUACACAGUCUGUGUCUUUGAAUAUCAUCAUUUAAGUCUUACAUUUGUAGUUUUUGAUGCGGUAUCGUUCAAAGGACUGCUUGGCCAAUGAGCUUUGGAGGAAUUUACAGCACUGUGCUGUAAAAUCAUACAUGCUGUCAGCACGCAUGCAUUUUGCAGCUCAUUCCAACUUGAUCAUUGCACUUUCACCUCAGAUCAAGUAUUUCUUUCGUUUAUUUCCCUCUUUUGUUCGCUGAAUUAUUGGGAAUUCAGCUGCAACGUGGCGUAGGGGACCAAGACACCCACCACUUGAUAUGUCAUUCCCAUUUACCCGGACAACAUGUGAUAGUGUGGGAGUUUUCAUACCACUGGGAAGGAAAUGGAAAAGCAAUAAUAAAAUGGAGUUUUGUCAGCGCUGCAGUCUUAAGAGAUUAAAUGGUUUGACUUUAAAGUCUGAAGGAUGGAUGUUUCUUUUGCUUGUGAACUCAUAAUUCACUUGAAUCUCAGGUCGAAAGCUGAGCAGUAGGAACCGGAUGGAAAUUGAUAAUAACACCUUUUAUUUAAAAGAGUCUUUCAAAGGUCAUAAUCACAAAUUUGAGAAAAUUACUAAUUCUAAAUUUUUUUAAUAACUGAAAACAUUGUUCCUGCACAAAUUUUGUUGCAUAGCACAGAUGUCAGUUGUUGUUGUUUUUUUUCCGCACUGCAAAUUUUUACUCUCCUCCAGCCUAAGUUAAAAUAACUGUGGUACGUUCCCGAAACACCCCCGUAUUUGAAACAGUUUCUGGCUUCUUCUGAAAAGAGGUCAGCCUGUAACAUUAUCACUUAUCACUUGGUGCUGUAACGGAUAUGUUUUUGUGCCAAGACGGCAGCGGUCAAAACAUCUUUCAUUUAAGAAAGUUUUAAUUUAAAUGUUUUCAUUAUUUAAUUUUUUUGUCUGUUUCUUUUUUUUUAAGCAUUUCCAAUGGUAUUUGCCCAAUUAUGUUCAAGGGUCAACCCACUUGUAAGACUUGGUUGGUAAACCCACCACUGUUCAGUCCCUGCGUUACACUGAUACACUCCUCCAUUGUUUUGAAUCAGCAAAAACAUUGAAUUGUCAACAAUUACAAUGCAUCCCUUUGUUUUUAUUUCAUCUGUAAUACAUCAACAGCGGACAUGUGCAUUUCAUUUGUCCAAAGAAAUCAUUAAAACAUCCCUUUGCUACAUGUCCUGGUCAUCAUUCUUGGUGUCUUUUAUUUUUUUUCUCCCCUAAUAGAAUCUGCGUGCUAAUCAUAGCUUCUCACUACACCUUCAAAUAAUACUAAUACUUAUAUUAGACAUUUAUAUUGUGUAUUCUCCAAAGCAUGGCCUUUAUACGUGUAAAAAUAUAUCUUGAAAGAUUUUAAUGGGUUUUGUAUAUGUGGAGCUUCUCGUAUGUUCUGAAAAAGUUGUACUUAAGAGCUGGAUCCCUUUAUUCAUUUACAUUAUGUUCAUCAGAGUAUGAGCAAAUUGUUUACCUGUACCUCCCGAGUUCCCAAGGGCUACAAAGUGAACACGUGUUCAAUGGGCACAACACUGGAGAUGAUUCUUCACCGCCAUUGAUGGUGUGAAACGUCCAAUCCAUUUUUAUUAUCCCUCCCCAUCAAAAUGGGUUGGACGUCCAUUACCGUCUAUGACAGCCAAUGCCUUGCAGGCAAGCGGUACAUUUGGAUUGGCAGGUAGACAAAAACAUUGUCAUGUCGUCACGGUGAUAAAGCAACAAAGCAAGCAAAAAUAUUUGGGCUUUCAAGAAUAUAUUUUUACGAACUAAGCACAUAUCUAACAUGAUUUGGUUAAUGUCAUGAUUGUCUUCUGAGAGGAUGGACCAUGUUGAUUUCAACCUGGCAAUUUCUGGACACAUUUGACUUAUCGAAUUAAAGUGG